GGUGCGACUAAUUCCACUACACGGCCACGCACGGCGAUGUGUGAAGCCAAGUCUUCGCACCCUGCAAUGCUUCGAUUGCAUGGAUCCCUUUUAAUAGGCAUCGCCCAGCUAAUUCCUAACCAAUGGCCUUGACAGCUCCCGCGGCCUCUCCUAUUCCUACGAAGACGCCUGGGCCACCCCUUCACCGACGCCUCCGACCUCGCUAGGUAGCUCCGUCGCCAUUGCCGGCGCGCGCGCAGCAAUGACCUCCUCCUCCGCCGCCUCCUCCUCUCACCUCCAUAUUACCAUCACCAACCCCACCUCGGCCAUCACCACCGCUACCAACAGCAACAACAACAACAUCAAAUCGCACCACCACAACCAUCACCACUCCGGCGCUCGCUCGCAGUCGAGCAGCGUCUCCCCUCGCAGCGGCGGCGGCGGUGGCAGCGGCGGUGGGACGACCAACCAGGCGUGCGCGGCGUGCAAGUACCAGCGGCGCAAGUGCAACCCAGACUGCCCGCUCGCGCCCUACUUCCCCGCCGACCAGCAGAUCCGCUUCCUCCGCGCUCAUCGCCUGUUCGGCGUCAGCAACAUCCUCAAGACGCUGAAGCGCCUCAAGCCGGAGGAGCGCGACACCGCCAUGCAGACGCUCAUCUACCAGGCGGAGAUGCGAGCCGCGGAUCCCACUUCAGGCUGCUGCCGCAUCAUCGCCGAACUCGAGCACACCUUUAACCUCGAGUUUGCCGAACUGUCUGCCCUGCAACACCACCUCGAUCUCUGCCGCCAGGCCACCCCGUGCGUCGGGGCACUGCCGGCUGGUGGCGGCGGCGUCAUCGACGGCCCAUGCACCGACCUCGAGGUCACGUCCUCCAACCAGCAGCCGCUCCUCCUCGGCACCGAGCAAGAUCAGGACGUCGUCGACGCGCUCUACGUCGGACAAGAAGCUCACGAGGUGAUACGUAACGGCGCCGAUCACGACGACCUGAACAACAGCCCUAAACCGCAAGAUCACCACGGUGGACAACAGCAGCCACAGCAGCUGUACGACUAUUUCUACUACGAGACGACCGGAGCCGGCGAAGACGCCGGAAGCAAGCCCAGCGGCGUCGACAUUAACGUCGACAUCAUGGAGCAUUUCGAUUACGACUCCGACUGCGACGCUGAUGAUGAUCAUCACAAGGUGGAUCAAAUGCCGCCGUUGAUGUCAUCGGGCAUAGGUCAGCAGCUCGAGGAGCACUACCAGAUUGGCCAGAAGGAGUACGAGAUGAAGGUGGCGUCGCUCGUUGAUGUGUUCGACAUGCGGCAGGAGCUGCAGGCGGUGGACGUGAACGCGGAUAUCGACAUCAAGGAGGAGCUUCAGGAGGAGGAGAUCUCGAACAAGAAUAACAUCGGACUAGGUGAAGCAGCACACGUGGCUGAGUCGUCACAUUGCAGGCUAGGGUUAGGCUUUUAAUUUCUUCUGUCUGGUGCGCUAUCGCUACAUUCAUGCAUGCAUGUGCUUAUGUUUUGUUUAAGUUCUUUCUGAGAGUGAGAGAGCACGUAGAAAUUAUAAUACUAUAUUUUCUUUGUCAAUUGGUGGAAACCCCGUGACUAAUUAGCACAAGUUGGUUUAGUUA